AUGGAUUCGAGCGGUAGCUCGUUGUCUCCUUCAGCCAAUAGGGGACUGGCCGAUCCCAAGGAUGCCCAGGAAUGCCAGGCCCUACGAGAUGCAGUGGAGUUCCUUAUACGCCGUGCUGAGCAGCAGGCUCACGUGGCUGAGAUGAUCCGCGCUACCAUGCUUGGACACUAUCGUCAAGCCAAUAGCACUGCAGCUGCUCAAUCACCAACGAGGGAGGCGACUGACAAUGACCAUCCCCAUGGAGAGGCGAACGACUUCGUCAGCCCUAUGCCUGCCGAGACCCCACAAUGUGAGUUAUCCCCUUUGAAGCUGCUCCUACCGGCAGAGCCCGUGGAUAAGCUCUAUGACGACUCCUGUGGACUACCCUUCCUAUCGCCCAUGUGGGGGUCACGUGACGUCCCCGAGACCCCACUCAAGAGGAAGCUUUCUGAUUUAUUCUAA